AUGGAUCAAUCAGAGAGAGAAGAAUUCGUCUUAAACCUCUUGAACGAGGCCCACAUUGACGACGAUGUGCCUCACAUGUCCAACAGCACCGAGGACGGUCAACAAGUGGAUGAAGAGAUCCCUACCAUCAAUGAACUAUCAACACCCGUCAGCUUGAAGCAAGCCAACAAGGCUGAAGAAAAUGGAGAAAAGAAGAAGAAGAAGAAAAAGAAGGGAAAGACUGCCAACUUGCCUGAAGCCGGUUCUGAACUGCCUGACGACUACGUGGAAAAGAAGCCAGAGGAUCCCAUUGAAAAUCCAUUUAGCCCAGACAAACCUCUUUCGCAACGUGUGGAAUACGCCAUUUGGAAAUACCGUUCAAACCACAAAUUCACUGAAUCAAGAAGAGCCAUCUUUGACAACUAUCUCAGAUUUGGUGGUAUUAUUACUGGCCCCAACAUGUUCUUGGGCCGUGCUACAAGUGCAGAUACCCCGAAUGAUCCAGACGCUGCUGUUGAUUUCGAGGCUGCCAAGGUCGCUAUUGACUUUGUGCCUGAUGAAUUGGAAGAAGGUGUCGAGGUGAACUUUGCCGAGGUGGCUCAAGUGUACUUUGGAAACACAUUUAUCCGUGAGAGUAUGUUUAUUGGCACUCAAGACUUUGCCGAUGCUCCUGCACUCAUUGACGCAUUCUUGAGAUAUUUGGAGAUUAGACAUGUCGCACCUGAAUACGCCGAGGACAUUGCAAAGGCUCGUUCCAUCUGUGCAGAGGCCAAGAUCCAGUUACCCAAGUGUAAACGUGCCAUCACAUUGCUCCCAGGGCAAUACAAUCAAGCUUGCGCUACUCUAUUUCAAGAAAAGAUGGAUACCUCAUGGAUGACUGCAGAGACACUGACAGUCCAGAAGCAAUUCUUGUCAUUUGUAGUGGAUACAGUGGGCUCCACUGAUGAGGACUCCAAGAAGAUUGUGCAAAAACUGAUCAAGAACCCUGAUGAUGUUCAAUUGCUGGAGACAGAGACUUUUGUGUUUGUUGAAAUUGCAGAGAUCUCCCCCUUUGAAAAGAGCGCAGAUAACGAGGAACUAGUGCAAGUGAUACUGCAAAACAAGGACGAGCAUCAGACAACCUAUAAGAUUCAUUUGGAAAAAGAAAUUGUCGAGUCGUUGAUGGUGGGUAUGGUGUUCAGAGCUGAUCUUUGUAAAUUGAGCAAUGGUAGUUGGUAUUUGGCAAAAGCACAGAGACUGAUGCCUACCUUUUAUAUGGAAGAUACUUGUAUGACAGAAGAGGAUUAUGAUUUUUAA